CACGGCACCAGACUCGGACCGCUACAGAUCCGGCCGGCCACAAUGCCUCGAACCACCAAAAGACAGAAGCGUAAUAACGACAACAAUCCUCCACGCUCUGAGCUCGGCCCGCCAAUCUUCGCCAUUGACGGCAAUGCCAAAGGCAGAGCAGUCCGCAAGUGCCGCACGCAGCAACGCAAAUCACCAUUUGAAGACUCUGCCAUAGCAAUCAGCGACGACGAGAGUGACUCUGAAGCCGAAGUCAUCGAUGAUGUGAUACCCGUGGCUCCAUUGAAGAAGCGGCGACGAUCGCCCUCGCCAGUCGGACGGUCACUACCAUCUGACGAUGAAGCAGUUGGCAUGUCCGACUCAUCACAUUCAGAUGCUGAAGAGGCUCCCAGCCCGACAGGUCUCACCGUCCACCUUACAAUCAACAUUCCGCCAGGACAUCGAGGUCCGAUCACACUGAAUCUUGAUCCAAAGACUUUCGCCGCAACUCCAUGCGUGCCAUCAAAGCCCGACAAGCUCACACAGACAACACUCGCCCGGCUCAAUGCACGAUCUGUACCGAAGAAGAAGAAACUCGCCGGUUUCCUGGAUCUACCGGCUGAACUGAGGAACGACAUUUAUCGCCUAGCCUUCGUCACGGAGAGGCCGACCAUCAACUUUGCCCUGCCCGACAACCUGAGUCGAACUGCAGCUCUACUGCGUACUUGUCGUCAAGUCUAUGAGGAAGGCAGAAGCAUCCUUUACGCCGAAAAUGCAUUUGCCAUAGAGCGCCGUACGCAGCGUUAUGGUUCGUUCUGGGAGCACGAGUGGCGUGAGUUGGGAUAUCUGAAUGUGCGGAAGUUCAUGAAGGCUAUUGGUCCUACGAACACGGCACUCAUCCGAAAAGUGAGCUUCAUGCUGGAGGAUGCGGUGCCCUGCUUGAAUCCUUCGAUGAAGACGAAUGAAGAGCGCCGUUUCGUCCAUGACGCAGACCUGAUUUCGGUGCUUCGACAUCUGGGCGAUCAUGCGCAGCUGCAGACCUUGGAACUGCAUUUCCAUGGCCGCCGUCGAGUAGAUCGCACCGACGAUCGAUUCCUGGACUACAUGAAGCGUCUGAAGGCUGAUACUGUCACCUUCGUGGACUGGCCUCCGGGAAGCAAAUAUCCACGCGGUUCCAAGCAAGAAGACAGUGUCAGGAGUUCUCUGCUCGUCAACUGUACGAGGAAGACGAAGAAGUUCGAUGUUUGAGUGCAUGACUCGCAAUCGAGAUUGGGCUUCGCUAGCAACGGAGCAUAUUCUGAUUGGAGCGUUCCUUUUGUUUUCGUAUCGCCCCAUGUUACGCAGCGAUACGCAGGCAGUAUGGCAGUAGCCUCGGCGGGGUCACAUUGUUGCGGCGUGCAGUGAGGCUCACCGACAUAGUAUUGCAAGCAAGGGAAGUGAGUGAUAAUGGCCGCGUGCCCGCGUACAGGCGCAUCCUGCUAUAGGUUGCAUAAUAUGUGCAUAGCUACCUCCUAUAUAGAAUUAA